AUGGGAAAUUGUUGUAAACGUGGAUCGAAUAUGAUUUGUGCAAGAGAUGAUGAUGAGUGGGAAUGUGUUGUAGCGCCAAAAAAUAUAGUCGCAGAGAAAGAAAAGUUAUUUUCGUCUUCUACUUCAUCAUCAUCAUUGCCAUAUUCUUCUUCUUUAUCUUCUUCGACGAUUGAUUAUAAAGAGGUGAAAAUACGAAUAACGAAGAAUGAGCUUGAGAAAAUUCUAGCGCAAAAAAUUGACAAUAUGGAGGAAGUUACAAUGGAGCAACUAUUAUCGGGAUUUUUAAAUUCCAGCAAUAUUAGCUUUGAUUUUGAGAAUAUUCAACGUCAACAAUCUUGGAGACCUCGUCUUCAAAGCAUUCCUGAAGUAAAUUGA